UCACAAAUGGCCUCGGCCAGCCGAGCGGCUCCUGACGUGUCGGGGAGGAGCGGGGCGCCGUGCUGCGCCGAGCAGAGCCGGGGACUGCGGAGGGCGGCGGAGCCGAGCGGCUGGGCGGGCCUGGCCAGGCCGGCGGAGCGGAGACGGCGCUCGAGCGGCGGCGAACAUGCGCUUUUGACACUGUGGAGGCUUUCUUGAUCAUGGAUGGUGAAGAUAUACCAGAUUUUGCAAGUUUAAAGGAGGAAACUGCUUAUUGGAAGGAACUUUCCUUGAAGUAUAAGCAAAGCUUCCAGGAAGCUCGGGAUGAGCUAGUUGAAUUCCAGGAAGGAAGCAGAGAAUUAGAAGCAGAGUUGGAGGCACAAUUAGUGCAGGCUGAACAAAGAAAUCGAGACUUGCAAGCUGAUAACCAAAGACUGAAAUAUGAGGUGGAGGCGUUAAAGGAGAAACUGGAGCAUCAGUACGCACAGAGCUACAAGCAGGUCUCGGUGUUAGAAGAUGAUUUAAGCCAGACUCGGGCCAUUAAGGAGCAGCUGCACAAGUAUGUGAGGGAACUGGAGCAGGCCAAUGAUGACCUGGAGCGAGCCAAGAGGGCAACGAUAGUUUCAUUGGAAGACUUUGAACAGAGGCUAAAUCAGGCCAUAGAACGAAACGCAUUUUUAGAAAGUGAACUUGACGAAAAGGAAUCUUUGUUGGUUUCUGUACAGCGGUUAAAGGAUGAAGCAAGAGAUUUGAGACAAGAACUAGCAGUUCGAGAAAGGCAGCAGGAAGUGACCCGGAAGUCAGCUCCCACUUCUCCCACCCUGGACUGUGAGAAGAUGGAUUCUGCUGUCCAGGCGUCCCUUUCCUUGCCAGCUACUCCUGUUGGCAAAGGGUCAGAAAACAGCUUUCCGUCGCCGAAAGCUAUACCAAAUGGUUUUGGUACCAGUCCACUAACUCCUUCGGCUAGGAUCUCAGCACUAAACAUUGUGGGGGAUCUCUUACGGAAAGUAGGGGCUUUAGAAUCCAAAUUAGCAGCUUGCAGGAAUUUUGCAAAGGACCAAGCAUCACGGAAAUCCUAUAUUUCAGGGAAUGUUAACUGUGGGGUGAUGAACAGCAAUGGCACAAAGUUCUCACGAUCAGGGCAUACGUCUUUCUUCGACAAAGGGCAAGAAAAAGUCAUAUUUCCCACGUUAUUCAUGGGGCAGUAAACGGCUUUGACCCAGCUCCUCCUCCUCCUGCCCUGGGCUCCUCGCGCCCGUCGUCGGCACCUGGGAUGCUGCCGCUCAGUGUGUGAGUGCCCGGCCCCCGGGGGCACCUGCCCUCCUCCAGCAACCCAGAACCCCCCCACCUUGCUCCUCGGUGCCUGGGCCCUGCCCUGUGCGCCACCUCCUGCCUCCCCACAUGGCUGGCGGGGGGCAGGCUGCGUGCAGUGGUGGCUGCUGGGCGCCGCCCAGACCCAGGACUCUGCGCGAUCUCAAUACUGGCUGUCUUCUCUUCUUGCCGUAGUGCCGUUGGUUUCACAUGAUUGCACUUUUGUGGGUCACAAGGUGAUACGUACUUGUAUUACUUGGUCACUGGAUGCAGACGUACCCAUUCGUCACACCUGCCUCAUAGCCCCGCCCUGCUGUACUGAUAGGAUUUAGUUUUGCUUAGGACAUUGCCAAUCUUCUCCAAGUUCUCCCCUGAAUCAGGUUGACCCGUGCCCUCCUCCUGAGCGCCCCUGGGCGUUGGCAGAGCUCACGAUCAUGUGUCCCCCAGCCCCAGCCCCCCCAUGGCGGGGCCUGUUCCUGCCUGGAGUCAGGAAGGUCAGUGAGGGAGGGAACGUUUCCUGAACCUUCCGGUUUUAAGUAGCAGCCACCAUUGCCCAGCCAGCCUCCCGGAGCAGCGGAGGGCCAGGGCCCAGAGUGCGUGGGAGGCUGGGCCCCCAGGCCUCCUCCUCUGCGUGCCUCAGAUGGGGGUGGGGUGGGGGCAGCCACCUCCCCAUGCCAGCUUUUUGGUCCUUUGGCAGUGUGGUGACAUCUGGAGCACAGUCUGUCCCCUUCCCGGGGGCCCUGGCAGGUGUGUCAGGAAGAUCGGGGGCCGGCUGACUACCCGUGGCUGUCCUGUGCGUCCUUUGAUUACUCAUGCUGCAUUUACUGUUUACAUUUGUUUUAUUGUACAUAGGUUUGUAAACAUUAUUGCCUAAGAUAUUUGUAUAUAACUUGGGCUUUGUAGCUUUUAUUUAUUCAGAACUCACAUGGCAUGUUACUGACUUCCGAUGGUGUCCUGCUCUGGGCAGCUGUAUAGGAUCAUCAUGUGGUUAAAAAACAACACUUCCCUCCCCCAAAAUCUUUUAAUGUGGAAACAAUAAAUUUCACAGAAAAAGAG